AUGAGCGCGCUCGACAUCAGUCUCGACGACAUCAUCAAGCAGCGGCAGCCUCAAAAGAAGCCCGCGCCUAAAAAGGCGCCGCCGCCGCGCGCGGCGCCCAAGGCGCGCGGCGGCGCCGGCACGCAGCAGCGCCGCCAGCAGACGCAGAACGCGCGCAAGCAGCAGCGCGGCGCGGCGGCGGACCGGCGGCGCGGCAUGGACGUCGACGACCGCGGCGGCGGGCGCGCGAGCAUCUUCGAGCGCCUCGGCGGCGCCGCCGCGGACGACGCGACGGUGACCGUGCGCAACGUGCCGUCCGAGCUCCAGGAGCUCUUCGCCAAGGUCGGCAAGGCCGCCGUGAGCGUCGCGUACGACGCGUCGGGCCGGUCGAAGGGCUCGGCGACGGUGUCGUUCGCGAACGCGCGCCAGGCCAAGGCCGCCGUCGCCAAGUACGACGGCGCCACCAUCGACGGCCGCGCGCUCAAGGUCGCCCUCGCCGCCGACGACGACGCGGCGCCGCCGCGCGGCCGCGCGGGCUCCGGCGGCGCCGCCGGCGGCAAGAACGUCCGCGCGGGCCUCUUCGGCACGGCGCUCCGCGGCCUCGGCGGCGGCGGCGGCGGCGGCCGCGGCGGCGGCGGCGGCAAGCUUAUCCACAUCGCACUCUUCGACGACGAGGAGGCGGCGGCCCGCGCCUACAACGCCAAGAUCGCCGAGCUCGGCCUGAAUCGGAAGACGAACCCGGAGGUCGGCGGCGCGCUCGUCGAGAAGCCGGGCAUGUCGUCCGAAUUCCACGGCGUCGCCUGGUACGCACAAACGGAAACGUGGCAGACCCAAGUGACCCGCUCCACAAAGUGCGGCCUCGACGGCAAAAAGCAGCACCUCGGCUACUACGACGACGAGCAUUCCGCGGCGCUCGCGGCCGACGCCUUCCGCCGCGUCGCGACGCCGGGCCACGAGCCCCACAAAAUCAAUUUUCCCACGCUCCCGGAGCUCAGGAAGGAACGCCUCAAGACGCCCAUGCGCGUCAUCCUCACGCGCGACUCCAACGGGACGCGCCGGACGAUCCGCGGCCGCCUCACCAAGGUCAAAUACGACCCGUCGGUGCAGAACCGCUCCGCGUGGUCGUACCGCGUGGACUUCGAGGGUCACGAGACGGAAGCCGCGGACCUCGGACUCAAGAAGCGCCUCUGGGACACGCUCGUCGGCGACGACUCGAAGUUCGUGAGCUGCACCUUGGCGCCCGACGAGAAGAAGAAGACGCGCGCGCGCGCGUAA